GAAGGUGUCCCGCUGAUGCCCCUCCUAACACACUACGAUGCUGCAGCCUGCAGCAGUCUGUGCUCAGCAGCCGCAGUCCGGCGUCUGGGAUCAGCCUCCAACGCUCCAACCACAAGUGACUUUAACAAACCUGAACCACCUCCUGCGCGGAUUCCCUCCUGCUUCUCUACUUUUGGGUCGGAUAACGGAAACGCUGCGCUGCGCUCCUGUUGCUCCGAGCAGACAGAGGACUUUCGGCGAAAGGGCUGCCAGUCCUCGCGCUCCGUGCUCGCGCUAUUUGGUUGCAAAGUCGCGCGUGGAAGCAGCAGGACGAUGAGACUUGAAACAGUUUUGAAACUUCUUCCGUGCGUUGUGUUUUUACUUUCCAACGCAAUGCACGCUCAAACAGUACUCCCUCCAGAGUGUGCACUGGGAGGCCACUCCAUCCUCCAGAAUCCCUACCGCAGUACCACCUUCAGCUCCAGCUGGCUGCAGCAGUCGGCCCUGCAGGACUUCAUCUGUGACCACUCCCUCACUCCGGGCUGGUACCAGUUUCAGAUUUUUGACAAGCCGGCGAGCAUGCCCACCGAGUGUGUGGAGGUUAACCACUGUGGGACUCAGGCUCCUGUGUGGCUGUCUCUGGGUGAAGGUGAGUCUCUGCCGGGGCCUCUGGAGGUCAGGAAGCUGACGGCCUGUGCUGCCUGGCAGUUCUUCCAGAGCGGCAGCAAAGACUGCUGCAUGUUCCGCAUCCCGGUCACCGUCCGCAACUGUGGAGACUUCUACGUUUACCUGCUCCAGCCCACGCAGGGAUGCAUGGGAUACUGCGCACAGGAAAUGUCGGACACUUUACCCACAGCAUCGCAGCCGUGCGGCCCUAACGAGGUGAACAUCGAUGGAACAUGUAAAACAAAGCCUCCCACUCCAUCUGUACCCGUGAUCGUCUCAGAGGUGACAGGAAACACAGUCUACCUUAAGUGCAGCUUUGGAAACAGCUCCAACAACUCCCUGGGUUACGUGGUGGCCUGGUCCCGCCUCUCACCUGAGGGCAGGAAAGAGGAACUCAAACAAGAGACCACCAUCCAGACCUCCACCUUUAUUGAGCUGGACGGCUUCAACCUCCGUCUGGGGGACAAGAUUUACUGCUCCAGCUCCAGUUUCUUCUUGGACUCUCCCGACGUCCGUGGUGCUUCAGUGGAAAGUCAGGAGUUCUUUGCUGGGAUUAGGCUAAGACCAGAGGUGAGCAGUGUAUCUGAGGAUGGGAGGCUGUAUGAGUUGGUGGUUGAGAGCACAGUUUCUGUCCCAUGCCUGGAAGAGUUCACCUCCCCUGCAGAGCAGUGUACUCUGCCCCUGCAGCUCAGCACAAGCAGUAAAGGUGAGGGUUUGUUUGGUGCAGAUCUGUCUCUGUCCUCCUGCGUUGUGGAUCUGUCCCAGAGCCCCUGUAGGGACGGGGUUUGUAGCCGAGCCCUGGUGCACUUCAGCCCUGUCACUGACUUUGUCAAAGAUGGCAACAGGACAACUCAGAUCUACGUUAAAUCCAUCGUCACACAGAAUUUUCUCUGGAACGGAUACUCACCAGAACCUGUGGAGAUAACAGUGAACGAUGUUCCCUCAGCCUAUUGCUACUCCUUCACUGAUCCUCACAUUAUCACAUUUGAUGGCAGGCACUAUGAGAACUACCAAAUAGGCACCUUUGUUCUCUAUAAGAGCAGUUUCUGGCCAUUUGAGGUUCAUGUUCGUCAGUGGGAGUGCGGCAGCGUGGUGCAAGACGCCUCAUGUGUGUGCGGCUUCGUGGUGAGGGACGGCGGCGAUGUUAUUGCUUUUGACAUGUGCAGUGGAGAAAUGGGUGAAACCAAGCCUAACCUGUCCGUGAAGAACAGAGACUUGAGCAAGAGCGGCAUUCGCAUCACCGAGUCCUACCAGGGACGCAAAGUCACGAUGACCUUCUCAUCGGGAGCAUUUGUUCGUGCAGAUGUGUCCGACUGGGGAAUGAGUCUGACACUGAGAGCCCCAAGUUCAGACCGGAGCCACACUGAGGGCCUUUGUGGGACCUACGACGGACGGUCAGACAACGACCUCCACGCAGCAGGGGGCGCCACAGUGGAGGAUCUGCACGCUUUUAUCUCUGAGUGGAGGCUCCCUCCAGGCAGCAGCCUCUUUGACACUGUGCCAUCCCAUCUGAGUACAUCGAGCCCCCACAAGUACUGCAACUGUCAGGCAGAGCCCCGCCUCACGUCUCCCAGAUCCCGAUCUCAACCGAUCACCUCCUCCACCUGCUCUCAUCAUGGCCACGUGCAUCUCCCUGGUGUCAUCCCCACUCUGGACGUCACAGCUGAGUAUAUCAACUCAGUGGAACUACUCAAAGGUGAAGGAAAUGAAAGACAGCCGCUACCUCCUGGCCACUCCAGCCGAAACACCCGGGAUCGAGGUAGUGACACUCAGCACCAUAAAAGAAGAUUCCCCAUGAGAGCCUUCAGGGAUGGAGCUUCAACCUCAAGUCACCACCAGCAGCCACAGACCCACCAUUACGUUUCUAACUCUCCCCACCAAAGCCUCAGCCAGUCUGAUCUGGAGGGCUUCACCUACUUUUUCCCAGAGGACCAUGAAGCCGCAGUUCAACCAGACUCUUCCCUAACGUGGCCCACGCCUUCUGGGCUGACCGAGCAGCAGGCCAAGACUCAGUGCAAGCACGCUGUGGGAAACUCAAGCAUAGUGUUAGGUUGCAGGCGCCUGUUAGGAGAAUCAUUUAUUAGCCGUGUGGUGGCUAUGUGUGUUACCGACCUACAGAUGAAGGAUGAGCUGUCAUGGCUGAAUGCCACAUUACCGCUGCUGGAAAAUGAGUGUGAGAGGAGGCUAAUGGAGGAGAGGACGAGAGAAGAAGAGUACCAGGAUGUUCUGGCUGUCCUCAAGUGUCCCAAUCUGUGCAACUGGAACGGCCAGUGCUCAGAGUGGGGUUGUGUCUGCUUCCCAGGAUUUGGGUCAUAUGACUGCAGUGUGCUGUCUGACCAGAUCCCAGAGAUCACUGAGUUGGAGAAGGAGGGUCUUUGUGACGUUCGACAGGGGGACUGCUCCACCAUCCAGGUCUACGGUCAAGGCUUUAAGGACUCCUACGAGCUCAAGUGUGAGUUUGUUAAAGAAAAGUUUGUGGAUGGGGAGUGGAUUCUGGACCAGCCCCAGUUUGUCCUGGCCAUCUUUCUGGAUGGGACGGCUCUUGAGUGCCAGCUCCCCCUGGAGGAUAGCCGGGCUCCUGCAGAGCUGGAUCUGGAAACUGUCACGAACAGACCACUGGCCCGCUGGCAGAUCAAAGUAUCCAAUGAUGGCCACAGCUACAGUAAUGCCAAAAUACUGACUCUGUAUGAUGGAGCCUGCCAGAUCUGCAGCCUCGACACUGAAGUCCUCUGUACCCUGAGGGAGAAAACCUGCAACAUUGACGGCCUAUGUUACAAUGAGGGGGAGCCCAAUCCUAGCAGCCCUUGCCUCACAUGUCGCCCAGACUCGUCCAAACACACAUGGUCCAUAGCAGAGAAGAACGAGCCUCCGGUGCUCCAGACGAGGCCUUUUCGUCUUCAGUCCUUCCAGGGGGAGAAUUUCAUCUACCAGCUACAAGCUCGGGACCCUGAGGGCUCAGCGGUGCUCUUUACCCUGAAAUCAGGUCCUGAUGGUGCAUCUCUGUCUCCGGCCGGCCUGCUGAUGUGGAAAGCCACAGCCGAAACCACAGACACACACACUUUCCAGUUUACUGUGAUGGACGACUGCAACGCUGAGACCAGAGGCUCCAUACAGGUGUCUGUGCUCUCUUGUGAAUGUCUGAAUGGAGCUUCCUGUGUGACCAACGUCAACCUUCCUGCUGGGAGUGGGCAACACCUGUGUGUGUGUCUUGAUGGAUUUAAAGGUGAAAGGUGUGAGGUGGACAUUGAUGACUGUAAACCAAACCCAUGCAGACUGGGCCGUUGUAUUGACGGCCCCAACUCCUUCUCCUGUAUUUGCCCACCUGGAAUGACAGGCCGCACAUGUAGAGAAGAUAUAGACGAGUGCGUCUCUCUGCCUUGUUUCUCUGGAGUGGGCUGUAACAACACGCUGGGCUCCUUCAUCUGUGGAGUCUGCCCACAAGGAUACAGUGGUGAUGGGAAAAACUGCACACGGAACCAAGACUCUCCAGUCAAAGCAGUGACCACAUCAUCAUCAGUGCCGCAGGUUUCACUGUCGCCGUGCUCCGGACGGGCAUGUCACCCAGGAGUUCAGUGUUUUGAAAGCACUUACGUCUCGGCAGGCUUCGUCUGUGGACCCUGUCCUCCCGGUCUUCAUGGAAACGGACGAACAUGCACAACAGCAGGUCAGGGGACUGUCGCCAGCAGAGCAGAUGGCCACAUUCAUAUCAUCAAAUCAAAUUCCAGCAAGGAAAUGAUUCCUACCUCCUCCUCUUCAUCAUCUCCCACCUCACCCAGACGACCCCCUGACAGGAGGACAAGACCAGAUGCCACCAGCUCCAGUAUCAAGAGAGCUUCUUCCAGCGACAGAAAGACCACAGCAACUCUAAAGAAUCAAACUGCAACCAGAGCGUUCGUCCACAGAGGUGAGCCCAGCGGGGUGGAGCUGAACCCAGACCUCACCACCGGGGUCAGAUGGGGGUCACCGUCUCACCUUGUGACCUGUGCUGACUCUCCCUGCUUCCCCGGUGUUCCCUGUGAGCCCACCGUCACCGGGUCCUUCAGGUGUGGUCGCUGCCCGUAUGGUUACACUGGAGACGGAGUUGCAUGUAAAGCUGCGUGCAGGUUUCAGUGUGGGAGAAACAUGGAGUGCACUCUGCCCAACACCUGCACCUGCAAGGACGGCUACACCGGGUACAACUGUCAUAUUGCCGUGUGUCGACCUGACUGCAAGAACCAGGGGAAGUGUGUGAAACCUAAUGUGUGUGAAUGUCCUGCGGGCUACAGUGGGCUCACCUGUGAGGAAGCGAGCUGCGAGCCGCCUUGUCAACAUGGAGGCACCUGUCUCGCCAGAAACCUGUGCACCUGCCCCUACGGCUACGUGGGACCCAGAUGUGAAAUCAUGGUGUGUAACAGGCACUGUGAAAAUGGAGGUGAAUGUGUUUCUCCUGAUGUCUGCAAAUGCAAACCUGGCUGGUACGGACCAACAUGUAACUCAGCUCUCUGUAACCCUCUCUGUCUAAAUGGUGGAACAUGUAUUAAGCCCAACAUCUGUGCCUGUCCCAUCGGCUUCUAUGGCUCUCAGUGUCAAAUCGCUGUAUGCAGUCCCCCUUGUAAGAAUGGAGGUCAGUGUAUGAGGAACAAUGUAUGCUCCUGCCCUGAAGGCUACACAGGAAAAAGGUGUCAAAAGAGUGUAUGUGACCCAAUGUGCAUGAACAAAGGCAAGUGUGUGGGACCCAACACAUGCUCCUGUGCGUCAGGAUGGAGAGGGAAGAGGUGUAACAUACCUGUCUGUCUGCAAAAGUGCAAAAAUGGCGGCGAGUGUUUGGGGCCGAACACCUGCCACUGUCCAACCGGCUGGGAAGGUCUCCAGUGUCAAACACCGGUCUGUGAACAGCGGUGCUUGAAUGGAGGGAGGUGUGUCCUUCCAGAUUACUGCCACUGUCGGAAAGGCUACAAGGGCCUCACCUGCCAGAUAAAGGCAUCACAAGGAUGAUGAAAAGAAACGAGACGUUGGAUGAAAGAAACUACAAAAUGCACAAAACAUAAAAGAGAACACCAAAAUUGCUGUGUGUGUUUGGCCAUGUGUUUGAAUGUGUGGGUCUGUGCACAUUUGAAAGCCAACAGAGGGACUUGAUGUAUUGCACUUGUCUUUUCGUCCUUAUAUAUCACUACCUCAAGGCUCAAAGUGACACAUAUCUGUUCAGUGGAUCCGCAGUGCAGAGACUUUAUACAGAUAUGCGUGUGUUACUGAACAGUACUAUGUAAAAUAAGUAAAGGACAAAUGAAUCAGUUUCAAAGAUAAUUCAUAUGUUGUAGUUUAUUACCAUUUUAGCCUAAUUAUAGCCUGGUUUAACUUUUACCAAACUGAUGCGUACCAUUUCUGAUAUGAGGGAAAUAAAUCAAAGUCUGCUCUAUUUAUAAUGCCUAAUUUAGGUGGUACACAUCUGUUACUUGUUUUAGACUGAAGAUAUUGAUAUGAAUAUGCUGCAAUUUAACAAAAUGCCUUUGUUUAUUUUUCUUUAUUACUUCAUUAAUAUAUUGUUUAAUUGCACCCGUUUAACUUAUGGACUGAUAUUCAUUUAAACCAAAACUACAUAUAUAUAUAUUAAAGUAAAGACCACCUUUUGGCGUUACAUAUAGCGGAUAGGGUUUGUUUUCUAGAAAAAAAGAGAAAUCUGUCAAAACCAGAUUACACUGUGGCACAAGUUACAUGUGACAAAAUAAAGAAAUUGUACUAUU